AUGGAAUCCUGAGACCGUACCCAACUAGUCAAGCGAAUUUGUGAGAAUAAAACUACGAAAGUCCAAAAUAAGGAAUAACGACAGAAAUACAAGACAGCAGCUGGAUCGUGGUGACUCAGCGACAGACAGCGUUUAUCUCCAACUUCUCUCCCUUCGACACCUGAUGGAGGGCUCCGACAGUUCCGAGCCGGGCGCCAGUGACCAACCAGAGGCCCAGCGCAGUCGGCAGCGGGACCGACUAGACCGGGAGGAGGCCUUCUACCAGUUUGUCAACAACCUGAGUGAGGCGGACUACCGGCUAAUGAGAGACAACAACCUGCUGGGUACCCCAGGUGAGAUCACAGCGGAGGAGUUGUUGAGUCGGCUGCAGCAGAUUAAGGAUGGGCCAGAGCAGCCGCAGCCUAGCAUCAACAGCACUGAGACUGGAGAAGGAGAACCGGCGGAAGGUCCAGAGGACCCGUCUAACGGCGACACCCUCUUGGAUUGGCUGAACACCGUCAGGCGGACAGGCAACACCACCCGCAGUGGUCACCGAGGCAACCAGUCUUGGCGGGCGGUGAGCCGGACCAACCCAAACAGCGGAGACUUCCGGUUCAGCCUGGAGAUCAACGUUAACCGUAACCUGGCUGAGCAGCAGGCCCGCGCCGAGGGGGAGGCACAGGAGGAAGCCCCAGCAGAAGCACCUGGUGAUGGGGUGGAGGCAGUGGUCGGAGUGGAGGUCCAGCCUGAGGCAGGGACGGAGGCAGGGACGGAGGCAGGGACUGAGGCGCCCAUGGAGACAGGAGAGGUGCUGGAGGAACCAGUUGUGGAGGAGCUGGCUGUCAUAGUGGAACCAGAAGUGGAGAUGGAGCCAGAGGCUGAAGUAGAAGCAGAGAUGGUACCAGAGUUAGUAGUAGAGGUGGUCCCACAGCCCCCCAGCCCUGCCAUCACCACGCCUCCUGUCUCCAGCCCUGCCACCACCACGCCUCCUGUCUCCAGCCCUGCCGCCACCACCCCUCCUGUCUCCAGCCCUGCCAUCACCACCCCUCCUGUCUCCAGACCAGCCAGUCCCGUGGUGCAGUCCCCUCCAGCCGCUCCCAGCCCUCCCUCUGAGGAGCCUCCGCGACGAGGCCAGAGACGAGCCCGCAGCCGUAGCCCCGAGCAGCGCCGGACCAGGGCUCGCACCACACGCAGCCGUUCCCCUCUCACCCUGGACCACCUGGACGGCCUCCCCCGCCACGUGCCCAACGCCACCCCCUCACACAGCCCCGCCCCCCUGCCCCCCGAGGCCCCGGCAGAGGGAAGCUCACGGACUCGACAGCAUGUUCUGUCCCGGCAGAGCACCGCAGAGUACGAGGCCCAGUCAGCCGGAACAGGGUCUGGGACCGCCCCAGAGCCCCCUACCGCCCCAGCCCAGGAGGGGGCAGCAGGACCACGCCCCCCCACCAUCAUGCUGGACCUGCAGGUGCGUCGCGUGCGUCCAGGUGAGUACCGCCAGAGGGACAGCAUUGCUAACAGAACCCGCUCACGCUCCCAGAACUCCAACAACACCUUCCUGUACGAGAGUGAGAGGGGGGGAUUCCGCAGGACCUUCUCCCGGUCAGAGCGUGCAGGUGUGAGGACAUACGUCAGCACCAUCCGGAUCCCCAUCAGGAGGAUCAGUGACGCAGGGCUGGGAGAGGCCACCUCUAUGGCCCUACAGACCAUGAUACGACAGAUCAUGACCGGCUUCGGAGAGCUCAGCUACUUCAUGGACUCAGACUCGGACUCCUCGGACUCAAACCGUGGCGCCGGUAACCCCACCGGCGCUGCCGACCUGGCCGAGGCGCUCAACACUCCCGAGGGGGGAGUAGCCGGCGUGGGGGUGGAGCCUCCUGUCUCAGUGGGCGGGCCUAGUGUGGGAGGAGCCGGGGAGGCAAGGACAGAGGAGGGGGAGGAGGGGGUUGGUCUAGGUCUGGCCCCAGGGAUAGGUUUAGGGGUGGGGGGUAGAGCUCGGCCCCGCGCCCCCAUCAGUCUGGAGGAACCAGGGUCACUGCCCUUCCUCCGCCUUGCUCACUUCUUCCUCCUGAAUGAUGAGGAUGAGGAACAGCCCAGAGGACUCACCAAGGAGCAGAUCGACAACCUCUCCACCAGGAACUUUGGGGAGAGUGAUGCUCUGAAGACCUGCAGUGUGUGUAUCACAGAGUAUGCUGAGGGGAACAAGUUGAGGAAGUUACCCUGUUCCCAUGAGUACCAUGUUCACUGUAUCGACCGCUGGCUGUCUGAGAACUCCACCUGUCCCAUCUGCCGCAGGGCCGUGCUGGUGUCUGCUAACCGGGAGAGUGUGGUCUAACCGGCAGGGUCAGAGGUCAGGGGUCACCGGGCCAGGCGGCCAACCACUGCUCCAGACAGACACCUCCAGUAUAUAACACAGUUUCAGUUCUGCAGGCCUUUCUCCUAGUCAGACCAUUUACAUUGUUCAUGUUUUUAUUUUUAAGCCAUCAGUGAGUUUUAUCCAACUGACAUGCCAGUGUUUGGACAGAGAGAGACGAGACCUGACAGACGAGACAGACAAAACAGACAAGAGAGAGAGACAGACAAGACGGAGAGACUGACAGGAAGGAAGGUGGUGUCCUCACAGACUGUAGGAAGAGACAUGAGAAAGAGAUGCCACUGUCCCCUGUUGGCCAUCAGACCCCACUGUCCCCUACCUACCCUGUUGGCCAUCAGACCCCACUCUCCCCUACCUACCCUGUUGGCCAUCAGACCCCACUCUCCCCUACCUACCCUGUUGGCCAUCAGAC